CCCCCACGUGAGACUGCUGGCCCGGGUUCCCGCGGCGAUGCGCGCAGGUGGCGCGGCCCGGGCGUGCCGCGGCGCCUGCAGGCGCUGGCUGUCGGGGUGCGCGGGGCCCGCAGACGGGCCGGGGCAGCCGGCGGCCUCCGCGCGGGCCGUGGACUGCCAGGCGCUGCUGGACCUCUGCCGAAGGAGGCAUUUUCUCAGCGGGGCGCCCCAGCAGCUCAGCGCCGCCGCUCUCCUGGGCGGGGGCCGCCCGCGCUGUGGACCUUUGGGUGUAGAGUUGCGGAAGAACCUAGCCUCUCAGUGGUGGGACUCCAUGGUGGUGUUCAGGGAGCAGGUCUUCGCGGUGGACGCCCUCCACCACGAGGCGGGCCCCUCGCAGCCGGGGGACAGUGCCUUCAGGUUAGUUUCUCCAGAGUGUAUACGCGAACUCUUGCAAGACAAAGAACUGAGUAAGGAACAGCUAGUGGCAUUUCUUGAGAAGUUAUUAAAAACUUCUGGGAAACUACGGGAGACCCUUCUUCACGGCGCCUUGGAGCACUACCCUAACUGCCUGGAUCUGGUAAACAGGAGGCUCCCUUAUGGUCUUGCUCAGAUCGGAGUGUGUUUCCACCCAGUUCUGGACACUCAGCAGAUACCUAACAGCGUUAAAAGAAUUGGUGAGAAGACUGAAGCUUCUUUGGUGUGGUUUACUCCUCCGAAGACUUCAAACCAGUGGCUUGAUUUCUGGCUGCGUCAUCGGCUUCUGUGGUGGAGAAAGUUUGCUAUGAGCCCGUCUGACUUCAGCAGUGCCGACUGUCAGGACGAAGCGGGCCGAAAGGGAAACAAGCUGUACUACAGCUUUCCCUGGGGAAAGGAGCCAAUCGAGACGCUGUGGAACCUAGGGGAUCAAGAACUCCUACAGAUGUAUCCCGGAAAUGUGUCCACCAUACAGGGUCGAGAUGGACGGAAGAACGUGGUUCCCUGUGUUCUGUCUGUAAGCGGCGACCUAGACCUGGGCGUCCUGGCUUACCUCUGUGAUUCCUUCCAGCUCACGGAGAAUUCCUUUGCUAGGAAGAAGAGCCUUCAGAGAAAGGUGCUUAAACUUCACCCUUGUUUAGCCCCUGUUAAGGUUGCUUUAGAUGUGGGGAAAGGCCCAACGGUGGAGCUAAGACAGGUUUGUCAAGGGCUACUUAAUGAAUUACGAGAAAAUGGCGUUUCUGUUUGGCCUGGGUAUUUGGAGACAAUGCAUUCCUCGUUAGAGCAGCUCUUCUCAAAGUAUGAUGAGAUGAGUAUCCUAUUCACAGUCCUGAUUACUGAAACGACUUUGGAAAAUGGACUAAUCCAGCUGAGAAGUAGAGACACCACAAUGAAGGAGACGAUGCACAUAUCCCAGCUGAAAGACUUUCUCGUCAAGUAUCUGAGAUCUGCUAAAAAUGUGUAGGUCUCCGCACUUCUCUAAUAAAUGUUCUCUGUUUCAUUGACUUACAUUAA